AUGGUCUAUUUGAUCGACAGGACGAUUGCAAUCUCAACAGGAUCCCCCCCGAAUGUGAGCGACGAGCACAUCACCGUCGGCUUGCCUAGUUGCAGCAAUGAAGGGACCCAUGCCACCGAAGCCUUUCCAUCAUAUACCGACGGAAGGCUCAGUACAAAACACUUUGUGCUUCAAAUCCAGCUAUGCCAGCUUCAGUCUGAAAUCUACGAGAUCAAAUUCUUCGGCCGGGCCAUCCCAGACCAGUUUUCGAGCUACGACCACUGGGUUGAGAAUAUUGAGGAGCGCAUAAGAAACAUGCUGAACCUGUCCAUCUCCUCGAAUAACGGUGCGAUUCCGCAAUGGAUCACCAACGACGCACACCAGAGUCAGAACUUGCUGCAUCGACCGCAUCCUGGAAGCAUGGUGCCGAGCCAGGCUUCCCUACUGGCCGCGACGACGAGUGCAAUCAACCUGAUCAACGGCUACUACAAGACUAUCCAGACGCAGAGGUUAGCUUGGACCUUUGCGGUGGUAAAUAAUACAUUCCAGGCUGCCAUCGUUCUGUUGUACAUCUUUGGCAACUAUGCAUCUAUCAUCUAUGAAGCUUCUCUAGAGGAUGAGCUCCUAUCUGCACUCGACACCGUGAUGGCUAUACUAAAUCUUGGAUCCCAGAGGUGGCCAGUAAUUGCUUCCACUGCCAUGUACGUCAAAGAUCUGCGUGCGUUCGUGUUUUCAGAUUCACCCAGUUCGACUGGUGAAGCCUAUAAUCUGAGAUACCUUGAGGAACUUGAAUUGUUGCUGUCCCAGCGUCGCAUCCGCAGUAUAUAUCAGGCACACAGUGAAAUUCAGCCUUCUUCCCUCCUUCCCGAUAUCUUAUCACCGCCCCAGGAAGAUUCACAACUGCCGUUCUCAGACGAUAUGUGGCAGGACUUCUUAGGAGCUCAAUUCGACCUUGAGGAGGCCUACUCGUUGAACUUCCUCGAACCUCCUUUACUAGCCGAGCAGCAGCAGGUGCCUGUUGCAGGCACUGGGGAGCUCACUACCACGACGCCAACCUCGGUACUUCCCAAUGAUAUCAAGGAUGUUAUCAAUUCCAUGCCAUCGUGCAGCUUCUGCCGUGAUCAACAUGUACGGUGCGAUCGUGAGCUCCCAUGCUGUGGUGCCUGCUCUAGAUCGCGCCGGGAGUGUGUUUAUCACGAUGUUCUGUUGUCCAAGCAGAUACCUAGACGGUACGUCGUUCUCACUGCACUCAAAAUCAAAUUUGUCCUUAACCGAGACUCAUAUGAGUCCCUUGGCUUCCUAGAGAUAUCCAUUCUUUAA